UGGUGCGAUCUUGGUUCACUGUAACCUGGGCCUCCUGGAUUCAAGUGGUCUUUCUACCUUGGCCUCUGAGUAACUGGAUCACAGGCACAUGCCUCCACUCCUGGCCCUGGAUUUUAUUUUUAGGAGUAGUUUUAGGUUCACAGCAAAGUUGAGCAGGGGUACAGAGAGUUUUCACAUACACGCAUUACCCUACACAGUCAUAACCAUACCGACACAUACAUAGUCUCCCCCGCUAUCAACAUCCUGAAUAAACAAGUUUGUUAUUUUUGAGUUCACCAAUUUUCUUACUUUUGGAAAAACAAUCAGCUUAAUGUACUUUGAAAUUGUUCUGAAAUUUGUUUUAUAAUGUUCCUCUCAUUUAAAAAAUUCGCCUUCAUCAAAAGACACCUUAAAGAAAGUGAAAACAUGACGCACAUUUUGGGAAAAAUAAUUGUAAUAUAUGUAAUAGGGAAUUAGUGUCCUAACCAGGGCUGGCUUCAUGGGUGUGCAAUCUGUACAGUCACGCAGGACCCCUCAUUUAGAUGGUUCCUGUGCUUAGUUUAUUGGUAAGCUGUCACUGUCUUGAAAUUCUUAAUUUUUGAAAAAGUAGCCCAACAUUUUUAUUUACUUAUUUUAAAAUAUUUUUAUGGUGAAAAAUUUAUAUUUGGAAUUUGCCAGCUGAACUCAGUUUAGGUUAUUCCAGUUUUGUUGGCAACAUUCAAAGUAUCAUAGUCAAGAAUCUGUUGAACAUAUGCCUUCUCUCUGUCAGAUCCGGUCCUGUGUUGACCUGGGCCAUGUCAGUGUCCUAGAGCUUUUUCACAGCUUGUUUGAUCUGGCGCUUGUUGGCUUUGACAUACACAACUAAUGCAAGUGUGGUGUGGUCUUCCGUCUUCUCAUUGGUCAGGGUUAAGCCUGUUUUUCUUGGGAGUACUCUUCCUAGGAUAUUUUGGCUGCAGUGUCUUGGGGCAGCCUAAAGGUGGGUAGCAUGCAGAUAUCUUUCAGCAGUGUGUUUUUGGCUUUUGAAGCCUUUGUUUUGGCUUCAGCUUUGGGAGGGGCCGGGCUUCUUUUUUCUCUUUGGUGCCAUCUUGGUGAAAAGGCCUCACAUUUUUAUUUUGCAUUGUGCUCUGCAAAUUAUGUUGUCUGUCCUGGUCCUGAAUAUGUAAAGCCUAAUAAUUAGAAAAAUCCAAUCCAAUAAGAAAAUGGCCAAAAUCUGAGAGCAAAGAUCUUCAACCUCAUUAGAUCUUCAACCUACAUAUUUUAAAAAGUGUAGCAUUAACAAGCGAUUACAUAUAUAAGUAAUAAAAUUUACCUGACUUAAUUUAGGCCAUUUAGAUUAAUACUUUUGUCUUCAACCUUUUUUGUAGUGUAUGUUUUAACUGGAAAAAGUCUUCCAUGAAAACGUCACUUUUAAAAAAUAAGUAAUGUCAUCUGUUUUCCUAAAAGACUGAAAUGGGGAUGAUCAUUCUUAGGGCCCCGUGGUUAUGAAUGUGCUUCAGUUUCAUAAUGCCUCCUGCUAUGGCAGACAUCCUUGACAUCUGGGCGGUGGAUUCACAGAUAGCAUCUGAUGGCUCCAUACCUGUGGAUUUCCUUUUGCCCACUGGGAUUUAUAUCCAGUUGGAGGUACCUCGAGAAGCUACCAUUUCUUAUAUUAAGCAGAUGUUAUGGAAGCAAGUUCACAACUACCCAAUGUUCAACCUCCUUAUGGAUAUUGACUCCUAUAUGUUUGCAUGUGUGAACCAGACUGCUGUAUAUGAGGAGCUUGAAGAUGAAACACGAAGACUCUGUGAUGUCAGACCUUUUCUUCCAGUUCUCAAAUUAGUGACAAGAAGUUGUGACCCAGGGGAAAAAUUAGACUCAAAAAUUGGAGUCCUUAUAGGAAAAGGUCUGCAUGAAUUUGAUUCCUUGAAGGAUCCUGAAGUAAAUGAAUUUCGAAGAAAAAUGCGCAAAUUCAGCGAGGAAAAGAUCCUGUCACUUGUGGGAUUGUCUUGGAUGGACUGGCUAAAACAAACAUAUCCACCAGAGCAUGAACCAUCCAUCCCUGAAAACUUAGAAGAUAAACUUUAUGGGGGAAAGCUCAUUGUAGCUAUUCAUUUUGAAAACUGCCAGGAUGUGUUUAGCUUUCAAGUAUCUCCUAAUAUGAAUCCUAUCAAAGUAAAUGAAUUGGCAAUCCAAAAACGUUUGACUAUUCAUGGGAAGGAAGAUGAAGUUAGCCCCUAUGAUUAUGUGUUGCAAGUCAGUGGGAGAGUAGAAUAUGUUUUUGGUGAUCAUCCACUAAUUCAGUUCCAGUAUAUCCGGAACUGUGUAAUGAACAGGACCCUGCCCCAUUUUAUACUUGUGGAAUGCUGCAAGAUCAAGAAAAUGUAUGAACAGGAAAUGAUUGCCAUAGAGGCUGCCAUAAAUCGGAAUUCAUCUAACCUUCCUCUUCCAUUACCACCAAAGAAAACGCGAAUUAUUUCUCAUGUUUGGGAAAAUAACAACCCUUUCCAAAUUGUCUUGGUUAAGGGAAAUAAACUUAACACAGAGGAAACUGUAAAAGUUCAUGUCAGGGCUGGUCUUUUUCAUGGUACUGAACUCCUGUGUAAAACCAUCGUAAGCUCAGAGGUAUCAGGGAAAAAUGAUCAUCUUUGGAAUGAACCACUGGAAUUUGAUAUUAAUAUUUGUGACUUACCAAGAAUGGCUCGAUUAUGUUUUGCUGUUUAUGCCGUUUUGGAUAAAGUAAAAACGAAGAAAUCAACGAAAACUAUUAAUCCCUCUAAAUAUCAGACCAUCAGAAAAGCUGGAAAAGUGCAUUAUCCUGUAGCGUGGGUAAAUACGAUGGUUUUUGACUUUAAAGGACAAUUGAGAACUGGAGACAUAAUAUUACACAGCUGGUCUUCAUUUCCUGAUGAACUCGAAGAAAUGUUGAAUCCAAUGGGAACUGUUCAAACAAAUCCAUAUACUGAAAAUGCAACAGCUUUGCAUAUUAAAUUUCCAGAGAAUAAAAAACAACCUUAUUAUUACCCUCCCUUCGAUAAGAUUAUUGAAAAGGCUGCUGAGAUUGCAAGCAGUGAUAGUGCUAAUGUGUCAAGUCGAGGUGGAAAAAAGUUUCUUCCUGUAUUGAAAGAAAUCUUGGACAGGGAUCCCUUGUCUCAACUGUGUGAAAAUGAAAUGGAUCUUAUUUGGACUUUGCGACAAGACUGCCGAGAGAUUUUCCCACAAUCAUUGCCAAAAUUACUGCUGUCAAUCAAGUGGAAUAAACUUGAGGAUGUUGCUCAGCUUCAGGCGCUGCUUCAGAUUUGGCCUAAACUGCCCCCCCGGGAGGCGCUAGAGCUUCUGGAUUUCAACUAUCCAGACCAGUACGUUCGUGAAUAUGCUGUAGGCUGCCUGCGACAGAUGAGUGAUGAAGAACUUUCUCAGUAUCUUUUACAACUGGUGCAAGUUUUAAAAUAUGAGCCUUUUCUUGAUUGUGCCCUCUCUAGAUUCCUAUUAGAAAGAGCACUUGGUAAUCGGAGGAUAGGGCAGUUUCUAUUUUGGCAUCUUAGGUCAGAAGUGCACAUUCCUGCUGUCUCAGUACAAUUUGGUGUCAUCCUUGAAGCAUACUGCCGGGGAAGUGUGGGGCACAUGAAAGUGCUUUCUAAACAGGUUGAAGCACUCAAUAAGUUAAAAACUUUAAAUAGUUUAAUCAAACUGAAUGCAGUGAAGUUAAACAGAGCCAAAGGGAAGGAGGCCAUGCAUACUUGUUUAAAACAGAGUGCUUACCGGGAAGCCCUCUCUGACCUGCAGUCACCCCUGAACCCAUGUGUUAUCCUCUCGGAACUCUAUGUUGAAAAGUGCAAAUACAUGGAUUCCAAAAUGAAGCCUUUGUGGCUGGUAUACAAUAACAAGGUAUUUGGUGAGGAUUCAGUUGGAGUGAUUUUUAAAAAUGGUGAUGAUUUACGACAGGAUAUGUUGACACUCCAGAUGUUGCGCUUGAUGGAUUUACUCUGGAAAGAAGCUGGUUUGGAUCUUCGGAUGUUGCCUUAUGGCUGUUUAGCAACAGGAGAUCGCUCUGGCCUCAUUGAAGUUGUGAGCACCUCUGAAACAAUUGCUGACAUUCAGCUGAACAGUAGCAAUGUGGCUGCUGCAGCAGCCUUCAACAAAGAUGCCCUUCUGAACUGGCUUAAAGAAUACAAUUCUGGGGAUGACCUGGACCGAGCCAUUGAGGAAUUUACACUGUCCUGUGCUGGCUACUGUGUAGCUUCUUAUGUCCUUGGGAUUGGUGACAGACAUAGUGACAACAUCAUGGUCAAAAAAACUGGCCAGCUCUUCCACAUUGACUUUGGACAUAUUCUUGGAAAUUUCAAAUCUAAGUUUGGCAUUAAAAGGGAGCGAGUGCCUUUUAUUCUUACCUAUGAUUUCAUCCAUGUCAUUCAACAAGGAAAAACAGGAAAUACAGAAAAGUUUGGCCGGUUCCGCCAGUGUUGUGAGGAUGCAUAUCUGAUUUUACGACGGCAUGGGAAUCUUUUCAUCACUCUCUUUGCGCUGAUGUUGACUGCAGGGCUUCCUGAGCUCACAUCAGUCAAGGAUAUACAGUAUCUUAAGGACUCUCUUGCAUUAGGGAAGAGUGAAGAAGAAGCACUCAAACAGUUUAAGCAAAAAUUUGAUGAGGCGCUCAGGGAAAGCUGGACUACUAAAGUGAACUGGAUGGCCCACACAGUUCGGAAAGACUACAGAUCUUAACGAUCAGCCUUCGCUCCUAAUGUAUUUGUUGGUUUCAUUUCGUUUUCAUUUUGCACUUGCACUAAAUUGAACAUGACCCUGUCAGAGAUGUAAUAAAGGGAAUGAAAUCCUGAAACUCAGAGUUAAAUUAAGAACAAGGCAUCCCACAGAACCUAAUCUGAACAAUCCCCGAUGAUUCCCUCUGCUUUUUGAAUGCUUCCAAGACUUAUCAUGAAAACUGUCAAUGGAUAAUCAUUUCCUGCUGACUUUGCACGCCAAGGAAUGCUACUAGAGAUUGUUUCUGUUUUUGUUUGUUUCUUUCUAAUAUUUGGUACUUUCCCAGAAUGGUGUAAAUACUUCUUUUCAAUGUUGUGACCAAGUAUUGUCACUCAGCCAACAACUUUUCCACACGUGGGGGUUGGUGGCUGUUCUUACUUUCCAAAUGAGGCUAAAAAGAAAGGCAUCUUUCUUCCCUUUUAAAAUUGUGUAAACUGCAAAUUAUAAUAUAAUUUGAAUUUUUGAUUAUUUUCCAGAAGAAAUCUUGUAAACCUGUGGAUACUCAUUAAUUCUUUUGUUAAUAUUUAUUUCCAUGAUAGCAUCAUUCCAGCCAGACUUGCUGAAAAUCUACUGGUGAGGCAAAUAUAAUAUAUAUAAAUAUGCUACAUAUAUAUUUAUAAAAUUUCUAGUGGGAGUUCUAUAUAAAUGUUUCUUUGGUAUUCUUCAGCCUGUGAUUUAAAGUUUUACAAAAAGCAGAGCUUUUUCCUAAGUUACUUUUCAGUUAGGUAACUGUGUGAUCCAGUUCUUCCAGCUGCUUCUAUAAUGAGGCACAUAUUAAUACAGUUUUUAUAUGGUAUCUAUGAAAGAGUUCACUUCAUAGAGAAUAAUACUUGAGCAAAUGUAUCCAAGAAAGCAAGCAAAUGAAAAGGAACCUAUUUAUGGAAUAAACUCCAGAUCUGAAAUUCAGUAUUUUAGAAAAAUGCCAGCUCUUCUUAACUGUAUUUAUUAAAACUUGUAAUAAUGUGAUUUUUUUCAAGAAUAUUAGUUCAAAUUGAAAUGGUUUCAGGCCACAUGGAAAUCUUUUAAGUUAUUUGUUGAGGUACCAUAUAUUUAGGGUGCUAGGGGCAAGUAAUAUUAAUAUGUGCAAUAGGAACUACUGGUUUGAAUGUGUAAAUGGAUGAUCUCUCUGAGUUCUGGCAACAUCCAGCAAAACUACUGCUUAUUCUCCAAAGAAUAUUGGGAGCUCUCAAUCCUCAGUGAUAUGGGAAAGAGAACUGAGUAUUUGCCCUAUGACUGAGUUUUCUAUAGGAAUUUUAUUAAAGAAUGUUUAAUUUUGUUGUCCUUCUUAAUGUUCUCAGUCAAAUAAAUGAGUGAGCUGGUUUCGGCUGUUCUUGGGAUGGG